AUGGGUUUCUCUCAACUGGCCCUGCUGGCUUGCCUGACAGUUGCAGAAGCGGCAAUAAUACCAAGUUCCCGGUCACUGCAUCCUGUGCAACGAGCAAAUGACAGCUUGCCGGCGAUAUUUGGUUCAAAUGAUACUACUACCCUCAAAGGGACUACUACGGCUCCGGGCGUGGUUGUCCUUGACUAUGGGGCUAAUGUCGAGGGCCAUCCCACUUUCGAAGUCCUUUCAGCUGCUGGCGACACUUCUGGUCUAGAGAUCACGUAUAGCGAGACUAAAGCGGUACUGGACAGUUUCUACACCAGCGAUGGUCCAAUCGCUUUGGCWGCAGCUAUGGACAACUACAGAGUCAAUCAGUAUAAUGUCACUGGGCCCAUGAUACAUACCAAUCGACUCAUUCAGGGAGGCUUCAGAUACCAGAAGCUCAACCUCUCGACAACAGGCGAACUGGUAUUGAAGAACGUCGGUGUGAAGCCCACAAUCCCGAACACAUCCCUUGAUCAACUGCCGGGAUACUUUGAGACCUCGGACGAGGACCUCAAUCAAAUUUGGAAGGUUGGAGCGCGAACCGUUCAACUAAACGACAUUCCCGCGAAAUCUAUUCCUGUGUUCUGGCAGGUCUCUUCCGAAGGUUCCUUGGUAGAGAGCCAAGCCCCUCAAGUUCUGUCAGGCAGCGUCGCUGCUACGUUGAUGAGUUACCAGCUUGUAUUCGAAGUCAAACCUAUUGCCAAAGGACUAGGAUUCUCUGUUCUGGCUGACACUCUCAACUCAGGAAUUUAUAUCUUCUGCAAUAUAGAUAAUGGAUCGAUCUCAGCACACUUCGGAUCCACCGAGGAUUCUCCUCCACUUGCAGUCGCAAAAUUGCCAGCAAACAUAACCCUUGGUACCUGGCACGAAGUGGAAGCCACUGUGGAUAUGAAUAACAUAGCCGUAUCUUUCAACAAGGUUCCAGUUCUUCAAUUUUCGCAGACGUCUGCAUUUGUCGGAUCCUUUGGAUUGGGCGCGUCAUUCGGUCACUCUGCCGUUUUCCGCAACUUGUCUGCUAUGACUCCGACAGGUCUAUCCAUUUAUUCAGCAUCUUUGACAGAUGAGGCUUUCUUGCCCGACUUUCUGAUGGGUACGAAUCCGCAGGAUACAACGGUUGACGGCUCGAAACGCGACCGGAUUGCGUAUKCAGGCGAUCUGGAUAUUGCGCUCGUGUCCUCGCUGUCGAGUACUAAUGGCAUCAGUUACAUCAAAGGCACGCUCGAUCUUCUCGGUUCCUAUCAAUUAACCCCAGGAUUCUUCGCUCCCACAGCAAAGAUCCAACWAGAACCACUUUCUACUYCGAUUGAUGCCAAUGUUACUGGCCUGAUUGGCUACUCUUUCAACCUCCUCACCGCAGCUGCAAACUUCUACAUGCGCACUGGCGAUGUCGAUAUACCAAAGGAGUGGGCACCCAGAGCUGUACGCAUGUUGGAAUGGGCACACUCUCAAGUUCUGCCCGAAAGUGGGUUAUUGAACAUCACCAACCCUGCCUUAGGCGGCGACUGGAAUUAUUACGAUCCGACACAGGCGGGUGUUGUCACAAAGUUCAACAUGGUCUACGCAUACGCACUUCAGGAGUGCAUCAGGCUUCUUGCAGAUGGUGGCAUCGACACCGAGCCAUACAUUGCCCGCCUUGAUGCUCUGCGGAUCGCGAUUGACCAGAACCUUUGGUCGAAUGAACUCAAUGCCUACUACCUCUCACAGUCCAUCGAGAAUGGCUUCGGACAGGACUCGAAUGCUCUGGCCAUUCUCGCUGGUGUGACCAAGUUCAACCACACUUCAUCCCGCGUUCUGAGUACCCUCAAGCAGCUUUCAACACCAAAAGGUCCUCUUGCUUUCUCGAAUGGAACUAUCAAAGCUGGGUUCUCGGAGUUCAUCAGUCCCUAUGCAAGUGCCUAUCACCUUCGUGCCGCACUUGAGGCCGACGAUGGCGAGACCGCCAUGGAUCUGCUUAAAAGCCUAUGGGGGCCAAUGGCCGACCCCCAGGGAGUCAACUACACCGGAUGCUUCUGGGAGACCUUGGACGCAGCCGGUGCGCCUGCACUUGGGAGGGUGACUAGCCUCUGCCACGGUUGGGCUGCAGGUCCCACUGGGGAGCUCAGCGAUCAUGUCUUGGGAGUGAAGCCCGUAACUCCAGGUUACACCGAAUGGCGAGUCGCUCCAGUUACGCUUGACCUGAAGUGGGCUAGGGGUAGAGUCCCCGUGCCAGGGGGUGAGAUCUCCGUCGCUUGGAAUGCUACAAGGUGUGUCAUAACCAGGUUAGAAGUGACAAGCCCCAACUGCACUAUGGGCACGGUCAUCCUACCUCUGUCAUCGCAAGACGGAUAUAUUGGAGGUGCUUUCAAGGUGAAUGGGGAGGUCGUGGCGAGAAACACGACCUUCCAAAUUACAGGGGGAAAGCCUUUUGUCCUUACAUAUGAUGUCUAG